GCUCUUCCAUCUGUCCAGACAAACCCCCGACCUCCCCACCUGCACCUCCAGAGCCGGAGCCUGAGACAUCUCUCAAUUCAGACAGCCAAGCCACCACUCUGCUGGCUGUAGCCUCUAUGAAGAAACUGCUGGAGGAAUCCCUCAGCUCAGUUUCAGAGAAUCAAAUCGAACAGGCUGGUGUGAAAAUAGAAACAACCGAAGAUGCUUCAGAGCAGGACAUAAAGCCUGUUUUAUCACAGCUUCAUUGUGAAAAGAAUGACAAGGAUUUAUUACCUGCUUGCUUGACAUCCCAAAUUAAAAGCUUGCUGUCGGAUAGUGAUGUGCUGGAGGGAAAAGACUUGCCAAAUCCCCAGCUCAGUGAUGCAGUUCCGUCUCUUUCUGCGUCAGGUGAGGUGGCGCACUCCGCCUGCGCUCAGUCACCCCAGACGUCUUCAACACCUUUCAUCACCACAGCCUCAUCAUGUGGAACUCGGAGAUCUUACAGCAGCAAUUGGGCCCAUCAAAGCUGCUGGUCUGAAGAGCUACCAAAGCUCCAUCACAUCACAACUACAUCCCUAGAUCCACCACAGCAGCAUCACCUUGAUCAGCAUGAUCAGCAGAGACACAACAGCUCUGUGCCACCUGCAGAAAGGUUCUGCAGCAGUAUGACAAGGAAGAGCAGCUCAAACAUCCUUCAGAAGAAGAGGGAAUACUGGAAGCUGAUGAAAAGGCAGCAGAGGGCGAGGUUAAAGGCCAGGCAGAAGGAGAUUCUUUCAAAGAAUACCCAGAAUGCAGGACUUGAUAUUAAUAUUAGUGAAUGUGUAAAUCCAUCAAAGCCAUCCUUCCAGUCCUGUUCGUCUGUCACAUCAGUACCUGCCAUGAGCAGCGUCCCUGACAUCUUGGUUGGCUCAUCAUGUAAAAUUGAACAAUCACCUGACACAUUCUGUGUUAAACCCCCCAUCAUCAGCAGAGAGGGAAACGUGAAAGAUGAACCUUCAUCACAUCUGACUGACUUUCUUGGAGUUUCUUCACCUCACUGCCAAAAGUGGACACCCAGAGCCACAGAGACUGAGACAGCCUCUUCUUUUCCUACUCUGAAGCCCCCAGACAACCCUCUGACAAGCAUCCACCUGCAGCCCAUUGAACUUCCUGAUAGACAUCAAAAUCCCAUCCUUAGUCCUAUAAAAAUCUCUUGUGCUCAACUUCAAAGUCCCAUAAAUAAGGUGGAGUCUGCUGCCCAGGCAGCAUCAAUAUGCAUCAUGAUGCCUCCAAAGCCCAUCCCUGGGGAGUCUGAGGAGGACUUUCUGAGGAGAAAGCGAGAGUACUGGAGGUUAAAAAAGAAGGAGCAAAGAGCAAAGAAGGCAUUUCAGUACAAGGGGUGCACCUCAACGAGAGCCUCCAGCGGCAGCAGCAGCUCUGAUCUGCCUGGUCAGGAUCUACAGACGCCGACGACAGCUAUGGAGGAUUCCAGUCAGUGGGGAAACUCCUCUGAUGCAUCUGAAAAUCUAAUGAGCAUCCCAGUGGAUCCCGACCCACCACCGUUUAUAUACACCAACUGCCCAGCUCAGGUAGAAGGUGAGGCAGAUAUUUUGUUUGCUGAUCAUGCUGAUGGUGAUGAUGAUCAUGAUGGUAAUGAUGAGGAGGAGGAUUCUAUGUCAGAGGCAGUCUGGAGAAACCGCUACCUCAUGGACUAUGAUCCACUCAACCAGCUGCUGGUGUGCAUGGUCUGUGGUGAGCUGCAGUACUCCCACAGCCUGGAGGGGGUGCAAGCCCACAUCGACGAGGCGCACCCCCUCACCUUGAGGCUGGAACCCAGGGAGAAACAGAGGAUCCUGGAGGCCUGGGACGAGCAGGUGUCGCAGCGGGAGCGCUUCUUCAGCAGCCAGCUGCAGCAGCACUGUGGUGCUGCAGAAGAAACAUACAGGAACUGAUGUGUAAAGGAGAUUGCUGCAGAGUUGACUGGAAACCAAGUCCAAAAGAGAACAUCAUCUUUCUAUUUCUUCUCUCAGUUCUGUUUUCCAUUUCUUUUUAUUUAUUUCCACAAAGUCAUUUUAAAAGAAAAGGCUAGGUUAGGUUCCUUGAUUAUAUUUGGGAAUAAAAGACCAACAGAUUUACUGGGCUUGAUUUUUUUCCCCACAGUUAAAACCUAUUGAAUAAUUCAGUUCUGGACACAUUCCAGUCUUUGUAUUUUUUUCUCUCUCUGGAUCCAGGUUCAGUUCGUGGCUGUCUCAAGUUGUGCAACUGCUUUUUAAAAGUGUCCGUACCAUGCUGCUCUUUGAAUCCCUUUACUGUAUAUUCUCCUGUUUUAUUAUUUGAGGCAGCUUUUUCUUCGGACUUCAUCACCUGUGUGGAAAUCUUUCUGCAGUACCUUCAGGGGUUUUAUUUUUUCUCUUGUACGUAAUUAAAUACAAAGGUAGCUGUGAAAGGCCAAAUUUUUUGAAUAUUGUUAAUAUUAUUUUUUAAACAUUAUUUAUUAUUUGUUGAUCUUUCUUAAACAUAGUUGUUAGCUGAAGAUGCAUUAUUCAUACAUACAGUUCCAUGUUAGAGUAGGACAGUCUCUCAUUUGUAAGUAUUGAAUAAAGAUUUUUCUGCAUGAGUAGUAAAUGAAGCACUGCAGCUAAAUAUCAGAAUGCAUUCCUGAUUUUUGGUUUUAUCUCUUUGGUAUGAAGCUUAACAUCCUGAAUGAACUUUGUUUAAGCACAAAUUGAGAAAACUGAAGCACAGCUGGAACAGCGUGAGGCGCUGGACUUUACCUUGUUUUUUCACAUUUGAAUGUAACUUGCUGACAUGUUUACCUGUUUGAGAAGAAUCUUUAAAUGCCUUUUCCACUAAUAAAUCAUUUCUACAUUUUG